AUGCAACCUGAAAAACGUCCUCCAAGACCUCCGAAUGCUUUCAUUCUUUAUAGGCGUGCUAAACAACCUGCUAUACUUGCCGCUCAUCGUAAUCUUACGAAUGCUGAAAUUUCAAGAUUUAUUUCAAGUUGUUGGAAGAGUGAAACUGAUGAAGAACGUUUAGCUUGGGAACGUUACGCUGAUCAAAAGAAACUUGAACAUAUGCAAGCUUAUCCUAAUUACGUUUAU